AAGUGUGUUUGUUUUAACUUAAACUUAGAUUUGAGGAAAAAGCUUAGAAAAUAAAAGUUUAACAAACACACAUCAAUGAAAAAGUUACUAAUUUACACUUGUUAUUAUUACUAGCUUCCGAUGCCUCCUAGCCACCAAGUUGUGGUGGACCGUAAUGGGAUUGAUUUACUUCAUUGAUCCGCCCCCGACUGUUAAUUUUAGUCUAUGGUGGCGACAUGUCAUGAUCUCUGAGAUCUCCUCACUCAACAUUCUCCAAUGCAUCUGUUUACUUUGUAGAAUAUGGAAGUCUAGAAAUAAAGUGACUUUUGAAUUCUACCAAUCUCUUGUUUGUUGCCUCGCUAGACAAUUCUACAACCAAGUCGUUGAAGUCUCCAAUAUUCUUCCCCUCCUCCGCCCCCCAGAUCGCUCCUGCCAAAUCCUCCCCCUGCCCGCUUGGGAGCUUCCACCAAAAAUGACUAUUUGAAUAUCAUUUUUUAUGCAACUGUUCAUGACUGAGGAUGCUUGUCUGGUCUUAUUCUGCGGGUCAGACAGGCAUGUGGUGCUGGAACCGGUAUGCAUCACCAGAGAGUAGUCAUUAGUCAACCCCUACCUGGCAGAGCUCAUAACAGUAAUAAAUGCUAUCACCAUUGUUGCGUCAAGAUCCUUGACCCACGUGAAUACGUGAUAGUGGAAGGUGAUUCCGAGGUGGUCAUCAACCAGAUCCGGCAAAGUGUACUAGAAGAUUCCUUUGGAGGUCCGGUGCUCCAAGAGUGUUGUCAGAUCCUAGACUCUUUGUAAGUUUUAAUAGAGUUUAGAGCGGUUCCUAGAGCCGCCAUCAGUGUUUCCCAUAGAGUGGCACGUAAAGUAUUGUUAUUGUCUCUCAUAGAGUUAGAGUCUUUCGACUUUAUUGAGUGGCCUCACAAGAGUGUUGCUUGUAGGGGGGUCCCGGAUAGUGUUGUUUGUAUAACUCUUGUUCUCUCUUGAUAUCACUCGAAAAUAAAUAAAUGAAAUAAAUGAAUUUCUUGGUUCGCUGUCCUGCUUUGCUCUUGCAUCUGCGUUGGAGGAUAUCUGCUGUUGUUUUUUCUUUUCUUGGCGGCUGCUUUGGUUGGUCUUGAUUUUGUUGAUGCGGCAUACAGAUGCGUCCUUGUGGCGACAGGGAGAUGGUUUGUAUCAUCUGGGUUUGGUUGGUUGUAGUUGUUGUGGGGUGGGCUUGCUCGCGGUCCUGUUGGGGAAAAGGUUUUUGUUCCCUGCUUUGGAAGGAAGCUUAUUAGGGGCCUUUUCCCAUCGGGUGGACUAGUGUAGGAGUGGUCUGGUCCACUUAACACUCCUUUCCGUUUUUUUGUUUUUUCUCCGUUUUCCUUUUGUCUUUUGGAGAUCAGAUCUUGUGAUCUCUUUUGUACAGUUUGUUUGUUUUGCUUAAUAAAGGUUAUCACCAUUAUAAAAAAAAUGAAAUUUGAAAUCCAAAUUAAAAUAAAAAAAUGAAAAAAAUUAACAUGAUCUUUUAAUCUCAUUCAUUAAAUCUGCCCCACUCUAAAUAAAAAAAAAUCAUAUAUGAUUAUGCAUAAUUGCAUAAUCAAGAAUUAUUGACAUUAACCUGGUGCCAUAUAUUUACCACCGAUGUUUAGGCGAACGUCUGGAUAGGGUUCUUUGCUCCCAAUCCUGGAUUGAUGCUUAUCCAGAGACGCUGGUCAAGCACUUUACGGACCAGGGGUCGGAUCAUCGGGCACUGCUGCUCGCAGAUAAGCCGUAUGCUCGUAGUAGUCGGCUUUUAUUCAGUUUUGAUGCCCGAUGGGCGGAUAAUCCUGAAGUGAGGGCUAUGGUCCAGUAUGUCUGGCAGGAAGAGAUUCAAGGUACCCCUAUGUUUCGACUUUGGGAGCGCCUAAAGAAACUCCGUCAUCUGCUUUAUGAUUGGAGCAGGGCGGGUACAACCAACUCUCUGCGCAAUAUUAAGACACUCCAGGCUGAGGUUGAUAAGGUGAAGUCGAUCCACCCGGUGGAUUGGGAUGAGGUCAGGAUCCUGGAAACGGAGCUCUCCCGCCAGUGGGAAGCGGAGGAGAUUUUCUGGCAACAGAAAUCAAGGGUUAAAUGGUUGAAAAAAGGAGACCACAAUACUGCCUACUUACAUACGGUCACGAGGGCUCGACGGAAGAGGAACUUUGUUUCCGGACUUCGAAAUGGGGAGGGCGAUUGGGUCACUGACGAAACCGGGAAGGCUACUAUUGCCACCAAUUUUUAUUAGACCUUGUUUACUUCGUAAUCGCAGGUCCCUAAUAUGGCUGAGAGGGUGGCGAAACUGCCGAUUACCCAUAGUGUUACUCCACAAAUGAAUGCGCAGUUGAUGGCAGAGGUUUUGCCAAGUGAGGUUCGGAAUACGGUCUUUUCCAUGGGAUCGAAGUAGGCUCCGGGGUCGGAUGGUUUCAUUGGGAAGUUCUUUAAAGCUUUCUGGGAUAUUGUGGGCACCUCGGUGGUUGACGCAAUAAUCUCUUUCUUUACUUCGAGUCGGAUGUUGCGGAGUUUUAACCAUACCUGGCUUACUUUGAUCCCUAAAGUGGACUCGGUGGAAACAAUUAGGAAAUUGCGUCCGAUUAGUCUCUGUCAGUUUGUUUACAAGGUGAUUACCAAAAUCAUGGUUGAACGGACGACUAGCCUGCUCACUCAGAUCGUUUCGGAGGGGCAAAAUGGUUUUAUUAGAGACCGACAGAUUAUCGAUAACAUCCUUAUUGGACAUGAAUUAAUGCACUAUCUAAAGAUAAAAAAGCAAGGGAAGAAGGGGUACAUGACUCUGAAGGUUGACAUGGAAAAGGCCUAUGAUAGAGUCGAAUGGCCCUUCCUUCUUGCAGUUUUGGAUAAGAUGGGCUUUAAUUCUGUCUGUCAGGGAUGGAUUCAUGAAUGUCUUCGAUCCUCCACUUUUUUGGUUCUGAUGAAUGGUACGCCCUCGGGUUACUUUACUGCCUCUAGGGGCCUUCGCCAUGGGGAUCCGCUCUCUCCUCUCUUGUUUGUGCUCUGCACGGAGGGCUUUGCAGCCCUUCUCCGGAAGGCGAUCACGGAGAAAAGAUUAGAGGGGGUGAAAGUAGCUCCCCUGGCCCCAUGAGUCUCCCACCUGUUCUUCGCUGAUGAUUCUUACUUAUUCUUGCGAGGUUCUCUUCAAGAGUGCGAGAAUUUAAUUGAGGUGCUGAAUGAGUAUGAGGAAUUGAGUGGCCAACGCGUUAACUUAGCAAAAUCGGCGGUGUGUUUUAGCAAGAAUAUUUCCAUGCCUGAUCAGGAAUUCUUGGCCACGAUCCUGGGGGUUGGUGCUGUAGGAGUUCAUGACAAAUAUCUGGGGCUUCCCACGCUGGUCGCUCGAUCCAAAAUGGUUACGUUCAGAUUUUUGGAGGAUAAACUCUUAGAGAGACUUCAGGGGUGGAAGCAAAUGACAUUAUCGUGGGCUGCGAAGGAAACUUUGAUUAAAUCCAUAGCGUUGGCCCUGCCCCUGCAUGUUAUGUCCUAUUUUCGUCUUCCCCUAACUCUGUGUCGGCUUCUUGAUAGACAUGUGGCCCGCUUCUGGUGGGGUGCUGAGGAGGGCAGUCCCAAGAUUAGAUGGGUGUCCUGGCGCAACAUGUGCAGGAGUAAGCAUGAGGGGGGAUGGGAUUUCGCCAGUUUGAACAUUUCAAUCAAGCUCUUCUGGCAAA